AUUUUGAGUUGUUUGUUCAGUGUGGGGUGACGGCUUGUUGUUCUUCGGACAAACAGGGAUCAAGGCCGAGGUCUCGAAGAACUGCUCGAAAGACAUUUCACUCCACCAUUUUAUAAUUAUGGGUCCACCACGAAGCAAAUCUAGUCGUCUAUUAUCCGAAAGAAGGGAGAAUCAAAAUUGGUUUGUCAGUUUAUCUUGACAUGGCACGAGAGGUUUGGUCGGUUGGUUUUGACGACUGAGGAGAAGCUUGACAACAAACGCAGCGGAGAGAACCAGGCUCGGCUAAAAACAACUAAGCUUUUGCACACGAGAGAUUAUUUUAACGUUUGUCAUUUGAUAGCAGGUCAUAAGGUUGCGGUUUCAGAUUUCACUAGUUUGACACAAUGAUACUUGUGUUCCGAUAGUUAGCCGUUACAGAAGUGAGCUAACUGAAUUAGCCACGCCACGCACUUCUCAUCUCUGCUAGCAUAGCCAGCUAGUAAAUACGGCACCGGGUAGAAAAUGUAACUAUCGGACAGUGACAACGCGUUAGCUAGCGAGGUGUCAUAGAGGAUCUCUUAUUACUCUGACAUGUAGCUGACGGUUAAGUGAACUUAACUUUGCAGUAGGUGACCUAGUGUGUGUGUGUGUCUGUGUGUGCAAAGCUUUGCUGGUCAGGUUUCGUUAGCUGGCGGGCACAGGAAAGCCCAAGGAUGGUGAAGUACAACAGCGGGCCCACAUCAACAACCCUUGGGUCAGAUUUUUGGCCUUAAAGCCCAACAUGUCGAGUAGUCUGUACCUUGUCCUUGCACCUGGUGCCAGCUCCUCCGGGCAUCUUCGUUUCUCUGUCAUGGUCGGCUUUCUCCCUUGUCACUCAGCUGUGCGUUACUGAGAGUUUAAUGCAUCAAUAUGAACACCAGUUACGUGUGUCAUGGAAGAGACUCCAAAAUCCACAAUAGUCAGGACUAGAAAGAGUUUUUAAAUACUAGAAUAAGGUUGUGAAAAUCCAGGGUACAAAAAAAACAAGGCUUUACUUCUGCAUUUCCAAAACUUUCCAAAAGUUAUUGGCAUGGAUUUCAGCAAUUUUAUCAGCUCUAAAAUACUGGUUUGAUAUUUAGUUCUCACAUAAUUUUGUUGCUUUUCUGUUUAUGAAAAUUGGACUUUUUUUUUUCUUUGAAAAAAUGGUGUGAGAUAUUCAGAUUCGAAUCAUCAGGCCCCAGGUGUGCUAUCUAAUAUUAAUUUAAAGAUGACUUGAUUUCAAUUUGGAAGAUUUAUCUUUUCUUAAUUAGGUUUAGCGACGUUUACAAUUAGUGGCAGAUCUUUUUUCUUUCUUUAACUAGUCCAAAAAAAAAAAAAAAAACAUAACUGAAAUAGCAUAGCCUGCAUUCAGAAAGCCUUGAAAACUAAAAAGGUGAUUGAGGGAAUUAAGUCUUUACUAUAAAACAAUGGGAGACCCAAACUCUCGACGAAAUCAAACCCGAAACCGACUCCGUGCCCAGCUGCGGAAGAAACGAGAAUCCUUGGCUGACCAGUUUGACUUCAAAAUCUACAUUGCCUUCGUGUUUAAGGAAAAGAAAAAGAAGUCUGCACUUUUUGAGGUAGCUGAAGUGGUACCUGUUAUGACCAACAAUUAUGAAGAAAAUAUCCUCAAAGGAGUAAAGGAUUCAAGCUACUCCUUAGAAAGUUCUUUGGAGCUUCUUCAUAAAGAUGUUGUGCAGUUGCAUGCCCCUCGCUACCAAUCUAUGCGCAGGGAUGUUAUAGGUUGCACACAAGAGAUGGACUUCAUUCUUUGGCCCCGCAAUGAUAUUGAGAAGAUAGUGUGUCUUCUGUUCUCCAGAUGGAAGGGAGCAGACCAUGAACCCUUCAGGCCUGUUCAGGCCAAGUUUGAAUUUCACCAUGGGGACUAUGAGAAGCAGUUUUUGCAUGCUCUUGGCCGUAAGGACAAGGCUGGGAUGGUGAUGAACAACCCAAAUCAGUCUGUGUUUCUUUUCUUGGACAGACAGCACUUGCAGACUCCAAAAACAAAGGCCACAGUUUUCAAGUUGUGCAGCCUCUGCCUCUACCUGCCACAGGAUCAGCUGACCUGUUGGGGGGUGGGAGACAUCGAAGACCACCUCCGCCCAUACUUGCCAGAUUAGCAGAGACAUAGAAGAUUCCUGCCCCAGGUCACUGAAGCAAGUUGACCUCAUACCCAUCUCAGUUGAAUAGAAUUGCCCUUGUGCGUGGAACUCUCCUUUUUGUUAACCACUCAUUUUCAUUCUGAAGUUCAUUUUAGUUCAUUCUUAUAUCCCACCUACCAGACAGUUUUGGUUCGGUUCACCCAUUUAUCCUACCCUUAACCUGUCUGCCUUUAUUUGAACUUGCACGAACAUUGUUUUUGAGUGGUUGUUCUCUUGGAGCAGCACUGUCGACACCACCAUUCACAGAAGGAACUCUUUAGUGGGGGAAUAUAGCAAAAGCAAACCAAUGUCAGGAGUGCCUUAAAUAUGGGCCUCUUAUGUUGGACUGAUUCUGAUAUCAGUUUCAUGAGUGGAUAGUUGACAUUGUCUUUAUUGUUUUUGGGAGGAUAGUUUUAUUAUUAAUGACAAUCAAUGACCGGAUUAAACAGCCUUCAUAGUCAGCAAAAUGUCUAAGUUUAGUAGGUGAACAAUGCUUGGUAAAAAUUGAUUUGGGGUAGACAUUGCUUCUUAUUCUUUUCAACUGCCUGAGUUUUGCUGUACAUUUUAUUUUGUGUGUCGGUCCUUGCUUAUUACCUGUUAAGCUCCUUCAUGUUUUUGUUGUAAUUUCUGGAAGAGUGAUGCUUGGUGGGGGUUUAGAUGUGAAGAUGUGAAUAUGGACAUUAGAAGAAGGUCUGCUGGGUGAAUUCUAAUGGCUUUUAAUUUAAUUUGUUUUUGGGUGUGGGUAUUUGAAAACCAAUGAGCCGUUUAUGCACUAUUCAUUCAUGCUACUGAUACCUGAUUUUGUUUGGUGGAAAUUCAUUAAGCAAAUAAUGCUUAAAUCCAUGUACCUAACAAGAAUUACUGUGGAAAAAUCCAGUGCACCAUUACAUUUAGUUUGCUUUUUUCCCCCUUAUUUUCAACCCCCCUUUUGAGUACUAAUAAACAUAAGCUAGCUUUGUUGGGUAAUAAAGCAUAAAAUCUACCUUUUCCUGUCUGUUGCAAUCCUCUUUGAAUCAUAAUCAGAGAGAUCACCAUGUUCAUGAUUUAUUCAUUUGUAUUGAUUUAAUGCCACACUGCAGAAGAUUUCCCAAUACAGUGCAAGCUUUGAAAA